CCUCAGUCUGUGCUGGGACGCUCGGGAAGCUGUACGUCGCUGGCGCCUCUCUCUCUCCGCGAUAGCCUUGCUUCUGAGCCGCCAUGUGAAAAGCCCGCACGUAAGACAGGGAAGCGCACCAUGAUCGUCUUGCAAGACCCUCUUGGAGAGUGCCGCCGCCGCCGCCGCCCGACGCCACCCACCCACCAGCUUGCUUCCUGGCGCUCCACCAGCCGCCGACUGACUGACUGCUGAUCGCUUCUCUCUCUAAACCAAAGCAAAAACAAUAAUAGGCCGUCCUGGACCCAGCCAACGCCUCCCUGUGGUUGACCGCUUGUUCUCCUCCUCCUCCUCCUCUUCCUCCUCCUCCUCUUCCUUCUACUUCGCCUCCUCCUCACUCUGUCUGUGUCCCGACGCCCCGAGGCUUCCCUGCGCUGCUUUAUGUGCGUGUGCGUGUGAGCGUCGCGGGUGAUGUGGACCUAGUCGACGGCCGACCCUCGCCACCACCUCCACCUUCUCCUCCACCGCCCCUCCGACGCCGCCUCCGCCGCCUGCCUCACGAAGCCGCCGCAACCGCCGCCGCCGCCGCCGUCGCCGCCGCCGCCCCGCUCCGUGCCCUCCGUUGAGAGAUUGUUGAAGGCGAGGUGAGGCUCCCGCAGGAGUCUCGAGCACCGGCCAGCUGGAUCCCUCGGCCGCCGCCGCCGCCGCCGCGCACAGCGCCCCACCCUACAGUGCCAUGGUGAGCCCUGGGGUGCCCAACAUGGCAAUGGUCAACGUGAACAACUUCCUCAACGUGAAGGACUCCCGCUGGCUGCAGCUGGAGGUCUGCCGCGAGUUUCAGAGGAACAAGUGCACCCGGCCAGACACUGAGUGCAAGUUCGCCCACCCUCCGCCCAACGUCGAGGUCCAGAACGGCCGCGUCACCGCCUGCUACGACUCCAUCAAGGGUCGAUGUAACCGCGAGAAGCCACCGUGCAAGUACUUCCACCCUCCACAGCAUCUCAAGGACCAGCUUCUAAUCAACGGCCGUAACCACCUCGCCCUCAAGAACGCCAUCAUGACCCAGAUCCAAGGCCUCAGUCCCGGCACCCCUGUCGUUCCUGGCACUAUACCCCUUGAGCAAAUCCAGCCAUCCCACCUCGCCCCCACCAGCCCACUACGGCCGCCCACCCUCGGUUUAAGCUCUCAUGAGGCGUGUUGUGUCAUUAUGGGUCAGCAUAACUCCGCGCCUUACCUUCCCGGGAUUCCCACCAUGAGUAACUUCAACCCCUACAUCGCCUCCUCCCCCGUCAUGACGAUGGGGGUGACAGACGGGGCAGUGGCUUCCCCUAUCACGGGUGUUGUUCCUCAGCAAGCCGUUGUGCCUGCCCAGAAGGUGCCAAGGACUGAUCGACUAGAGGUGUGUCGGGAGUUUCAGCGUGGGGCGUGCAAGCGGCCAGAAGUUGAGUGUCGGUUCGCGCACCCCCCCGACCAUGUGUGCACGAGUGACGAAGGCACAGUCACAGUUUGCAUGGACGCUGUCAAGAGCCGCUGCUCCCGAGAACCCUGUCGCUACUUCCACCCUCCCCCGCACCUGCAGGCACAACUCAGGGCCAGCCAGGGCCGCGUCGCACAUCACCAGGCCGUGCCCGGGGCUGCUGUCGCGGCCGCGGCCGCCGCUGUGCCCCUGGCGCCGCCCCCACCGCUGCCCGCCGCAGCCGCUGCUGCUGCCGCCGAGCUGGGCAAGAAGCGCGGCCGCGACCCCGGUGACGAGCUCCUCAUGGCGUUCCCUGGGAUGGGCGUCCCCUACAAGCGUCCUGCCGGGGAGAAGUCCGGCAUGCCAGUGUACCAGCCGACGGGCAGCGCCGCCUACCAGCAGGCCCUCAUGCAGCAGCUCAGCGGCCAGAGCUUUGUGCCCGUGUCAUGUGAGUAUGGCGGGGGAGUGGCCCUGCCGGGGCCGGGGGGCCAGGUCGAGGGCCACGACACCACCACCUCCACCACCACCUCCACCGCCGCUAACAACCACCACGCUGCUGCUUCCUCCGCGCAACCCCCCACCACCUCCUCCCCCACCCCCACCACCACCACCACCAGUUCCCCCCCUUCCUCCAGCAAGGCCCUUCACUCCUCCUCCUCUUCCUCCUCCUCCUCCUCCUCUGUGGGCGGGGGGGAGCUGGUCCCGGCCUCCCCCGUGGCCCUGGGCUCCCAGCAGCCGGUCAAUGUCUUCUACACAGGCUAUGCCCUCAGCAAGGGCCUGCGCCCCCAGAUGAGGGCCCCAGCCAGCCACCAUGGCUCUGCCAUCAUGGCCCCCAUGCAUCACCCAAUGACUGCCAUGGGCUUUGCCCCGCCGGCUUUGCCAUCCAGCACCCUGUCAAGCUUCAGCCCCAGCAUGGGUGCCCCCAUCACCACCCUGAGCAUGCCGCCCUUUAUGAGCAGCAGCCAGCAGCUGAUGAGCCCUGCCAUGACCACCAAUCCCCUGGCAGCGGCAAGCAUGGGCAUGGGGCUGGGCGGGGCAAUGCACCCCAGCCUGGGGGGCCUCACUGCUGGCAUAUCCCCUAGCAUGGGUGGCAUGACUGGCAUGACCGGCCUGGGUACCCUGGGGGCCGGGAUGCCUCUGAUGAUGCCCCAGACCCACAUGUCCUCCCUGUACCCCUCCCAGUACACCAGUCUGCCCAGUAACACCGCCUUUGCCCAGGGUGGGGAGCAGCCCAGCAAGAGGCUGAAAACUUCCUAAGCGUGUGUGUGCAUGUGGGUGGUGCGGCCGCGUCCUCCCUCGCUCCACACGGCGACGCCAGCUCUAGUGGACUCUAGUCACGCCACUACUAACAUCUACUAGUGUCGCUCUAGGACACACAGUAACUCACUAACUGGCCCUCUUGAGAUCGCUGACGCAGCACGUGUACUGUUGUUGUACCUCCCUGUUGGCGUCCUUGUUUGUCGAGGUUUUACACUUAAUGAUUUUUAGUCUUAUUAAAGUAUUUGAGACACAAUAGUCGUCCAUCAUAACUGAGACUCCCCAAGUCUUUUUAUUUGCUUUCAAUUGACACGGCAGAGCAGACUUGCUGCAUGUGCGCUGGUAACCGGGGGUGACGCCUGCAUGGUACCCACUACCCAGCUCCACCGUGUUUGUGACUUGUGAUGCACGGAGACCGCACCCCCCGCCCCACUCGCCCCGACCCUCCCUGCAGUGGCAGGAGGGCCAGGGCGGGGCACCAUGGAGGGGGAGACGAAGUGGUUUCAAAAGUAGUCAGUACCAUGAAGGGCUCAGGGGGUUGUGUCACACUUACCUCCUCAGCUUUCCUUCCCUGCUUGCCCCCCAUAACCCCCUGCUUGCCCCACAGUUCAACCCUUUACUCGCUCUCUCCACAGCCCCUCCCCCUCCUGGGUGCCCCACCACAUUCUCCCUCCUUGCAGACCCAUGACACACAUCCCAUGCCCCCUGCCCUCCGCCCACUUCCCACCUCCACCCCCACCCAUAUCCCACCUCCACCCACCUCUCCACUACCCACCUCAAUCCACCCACCACCCAAGUUAGGCUCCCUUGCCCAUUUGCUUAUUGUCCAAGGGCCCCCCAUCCCACCUUACCUCACCCAACCCCACCUCACCUCCACCCAUCCCCUGCCCCUCACUCCUGUGUGUUGCCCCAGUCCCCCUGGAAGGCCGGGUCACUGCUGUACUGCCCCCCCCACCCCCGGCCACUUGCCCGUCCUAUCUGCACUGCAAAGACUCCAGUGAAGUUGUUUUCUAUCCGUGCCGCCCCACCCUGCCGGCCGCCCCGCCCCGCCGCCCCGCGCCACCACUCACUGCAAAAUCUGGCUUGGCCGACGGUUACUGUGGAUUUCAUUUGCAUGUUGAGCUUCAGGAAGAGAGGGAGCGCAGCGGGGCGGGGCGGGGCGGGGUGGGCGGGGCGGGGCAGGGCGGGCGGGUGCCGUCUCCGUGUAGUCCCAGCAUUCCCAGUACUAUUGUAGCACUACCGUGCCAUGCUCACGUCCCAACUUGAUGUGAUGGUAACUCUAGGUAUGGGUCGUGUUGAUGUGCCUGUGUAAUGCUUCCCUCUGGUAGCGGCCCGCUGGUGCCGCCACGCCCGGCCUCACCACACAUCUGCUCUGUCAGACAUCAUCAGUUUUUGUUGGACUGCUCUCAUCUUUUGUCUUUUAUGUAAUCCUAUUGAUUCUGUUUUUAUCAUUAUUAUAUUUGCUAGCUUUUAGUGCUUCUCCAACAUUGGUCUGGGUAUCCAGUAUGUGUACCAUCUGCCUGUGUACUUCGGUCCUUUAACUGAUACAGAAAUACUGGCCUAUGUAUAAGGAUAUUUUUAAAAAUAAUAAGUCUGUAGAAUGCAUGA